AUGUCCGCUACUCCCGACAACGAGCCCUUGCGGCAGGACGAGAGAUCGCGCUGCUGGGCCACAAACGUUGAGGAAGAAGAGUCUGAGAGCCAGCCCAGCGAAGGCGGUUUCUUGGCAGGUAUCACUGUUACCACUGAGAUCUCCAUCAGCGAUGUAUGUUUUCGACCCGGGACCGUCUGA